AAACUUCCCAGACAAAAGAAACUGAAAAAGCCGAGCCAACCUCUGCCUUCCCCACUCCCAGUUCUCUCACUCUUCAAUAAUACUUGCACGAAUCUGCUAUUUGUCGCAUCAAAUUAUCUCUUCUUUCUUACAAUCUUCCAGCAUUUUUUAAAGAAAUCAGAUCCAAAUUUCAACAAAUUAACUCUACAAUUUUCAUGAAUUUCUCAUUUUAAACAAAAUACACAAAAAAUCAUUGUUACUGUAGAUCAAAGUUUUCAUCCAUGGCGACGAAUUAUUUCAUGUAAUUCAACAAUUUGAACAAUUGAAAGAUAAAUGGGAGGCUGCAAACAACACAAAUUAGGAAAUGGAGUUUCUAUUCGAUGCGUCUCCUUUUUCUGCAUUGCUAGCUUUUUCUGCGGCGUUUUUAUCGUCAGCAGGAGAUUACGGCUGGUGUAGAUGACAGAUGCAGGCCUUGUUAGUGGAGAUGGGUAAAACUGGAUAAGUUGUUGGUUGAGGAUGGUGAGUCAAUGACUAAAUCUUUCUAGGCUAGUGAAAAUGGUAAUGUAUGUGACAUUGAAGUAGGCAAGGGUUCAUAAAGAGUCAGAGGAACUCAAAUGAUACAGAACUAUAUUUUCAGAAGAUUCCAGGCAGAUCCUGAAUCUGUUACGAUGGAGGGAACGUCUUUGUUGCAAAAGCAGAAUGGGAUUCCAACUCAACCACUAGUAAACUGUGACAACAGGGAGGUAUCUUUCCAAGACAGCGACAUCUUUUCUCAAGUUUCUCACACGCACAACGUAAUCAUGGAGCUGGACAAAACCAUGUCCUCUUUAGAGAUGCAGCUAGCUGCAGCAAGAACUUCCAAAGUUCAUGAUGAAGUGGUAUCUCCAACUACUACAACCAAAGGAACUGACCAACAAAAUGACCGUCCCAAGAUUUUCUUUUUUAUGGGAAUUAUAACUGCAUUUAGUAGCAGAAAACGCAGGGAUUCUAUAAGAGAAACCUGGAUGCCACGAGGUGAGCAGUUAAAAAGGUUGGAGACAGAGAAAGGAAUUGUUGUGCGAUUCGUUAUAGGACACAGUUCCAGCCCUGGUGGAAUUCUAGAUCGGGCCAUUGACGCAGAAGAAGCUCAACAUAAAGAUUUUUUUCGAUUAGACCAUGUAGAAGGAUAUCAUGAACUGUCUUCAAAAACUCAAAUUUACUUUUCAACAGCUGUUGCAAAGUGGGAUGCUGACUUCUACAUUAAAGUUGAUGAUGAUGUGCAUGUAAAUCUUGGUAUGGUGGCUUCUGCGCUGGCACGCCAGAGGUCAAAGCCCCAUGUUUAUAUAGGCUGUAUGAAGUCUGGACUUGUCCUGUCCCAAAGGGGAGUCAAGUACCACGAACCAGAGUUCUGGAAGUUUGGUGAAGAAGGGAACAAAUACUUCAGACAUGCCUCAGGUCAAAUAUACGCACUUUCAAAAGACUUAGCCACCUAUAUUUCAGUAAAUAAGCAUUUACUUCACAGAUUUGCUAAUGAAGAUGUAUCACUUGGUUCUUGGCUAAUUGGUCUUGAUGUCAAUCAUAUUGACGAUAGAAGCCUCUGCUGUGGGACCCCUCUUGAUUGCGAAUGGAAGGCACAAGCAGGAAACCCGUGUGCUGCUUCAUUCGACUGGAGUUGCAGUGGCAUUUGUAAAUCAGUUGAAAGAAUGGGAGAGGUGCACCAACGGUGUGGAGAAGGUGAUGGUGCUAUCUGGCAUUCUAGUUUCUGAAGCUGGUCUAUUUUUACACUUUGGGAGCGAGGCGGAGUGGGAAAGGGUGUGUAUGAAUGAUAGUUUUUUUUCCCAGAUUUUUGUCUGCUAAAAAAAAAGAUCAUCUGCACAAUUUUUUGUAUGGCUAAUUGGUUGUCUCAGAGAAAUGUGGUUCAACAGUGUAAAUUAUUCAAUUCAAUGAAAUUUGUUAUGGUCUA